AGCAGGGCCUACAGGGAUGGCUGGAGAACAACCAUGCCGCAGCGGUGGCUAUCUCUUUGGCUCUGAAGGAAGGAGCACCCAGGAGAGGAGGUAUUUGGGCAUCCUAGCCAUGGACAGCUAUUCUAAACCCUGCACAUCCAGCGAGGACAGUUACGAGCUGCAAAGCAGCCCCGGGUCAGAUGUUAAAAGCUUUGUUCAAAGCAUGAAGAAGGACGAAGGCUACCAAUCCCACCGACUGAAGCACAGUCAGAAAAGGGGGGAGAAAGUCCAUCGUUUAGAGCUCUCUUCGCUCUACCCUGAAAGAGCAGCGAACGCUGGCUGGACUCUACAACAGCAAAAGGCAGUGCAGAACAGAAGCAGUUCAUCCACCUCUGACCUCAGUGUGGUCAGUCAAGGGUCCUCGAGCUCCUUGUCAGUCGUGGAAGAGAAAAUUGAAGCCAAACUCAAGUUCUCUCAGUUCCUUAAUGAAGUGACCUUCCGAGUGCUUGACCCCAUGAGCCUGCAGGCCUUCCGAGCAGCCAAGUUGAAGAGCAGCCUGGGCUCCAGUGGGAGAAGCCUGGACGAUUUGCGUCUGAAGAAGAAGGCCCAUGAGGACUGGAAAACGAGCCCUCCGGUCCGAAAACUGGCUCAAGACACGGACCUUGAGAGCUUGAGAAGCGACGACACUGCAGCCAGCACACAGCUGCCCAAGCUCGAGAAAUCGUUGUCUUUAGAUACUGGGCCCUCGCUCAGGCAACGAGGUAAUGACAUCUUGCAUCAAGUAAGACCAAGCCUAUCGGGAGAGACCUUUGUGUCGGAAAGCAAUGAAGCGCCUGCGAGAACAUCUGCCUCUUUGCCUCGAAGAACUAGCACGGCCUCUGCGGCAGAAAUGGAGAAAAUAAGCACGCUGCAAGAACAGAAGGGGGAACUGCGCAAGCGACUCUCCUACACAACUCACAAACUGGAAAUGCUUGAAACAGAAUUUGAUUCUACGCGCCAGUAUCUUGAAGUAGAACUGAGACGUGCUCAGGAAGAACUUGAAAAAGUGACGGAAAAGCUGCGACGGAUACAAAACAAUUACCUAGCCUUACAAAGAAUUAAUCAAGAUCUCGAAGACAAACUGUACAGGAUGGGUCAACAUUAUGAAGAGGAAAAAAGAGCUUUAAGCCACGAAAUCAUGGCCCUCAAUAACCACUUAAUAGAAGCAAAGGUGACAAUUGAUAAAUUGUCCGAAGAUAAUGAGCUCUAUAGGAAGGAUUGCAAUUUAGCCGCUCAGCUGCUCCAAUGUAGCAAGAAUUACGACAGGGCGCAUAAGCUUUCUGAGCUACCGGCUGAAUUUCAGGAACGUGUGAGCAUCCACCUGGAGAAGCACGGGUGCAGCCUUUCAGUACCUCUAUGUCACACAUCAUUUGCAGACAACAUCCCAACUUGCGUCAUCGCUAAAGUGCUAGAAAAGCCAGACCCAAACAGCCUAUCGUCACGCUUGUCGAGCCCAUCUGCUAGAGACAUGGCCUUCCAAGACUCAGUGGGAAAGCUUGGCCCAAGGCCACAGUAUAAGUCUGACAUCUACUGCAGUGAUACAGCCCUUUACUGCCCUGAUGAGAGGAGAAGGGAAAGGAGACAGAGUGUCGAUAUGCAGGUUAAAGAUGUCGGCUUUUUGAGGUCCCAGAAUUCCACAGACAGCACUGUGGAAGAAGACGGCUUCCAUUCCAGCUUCUCUCACGAAGCUUUCCCAGAAUACGUUACCUCUUUACCUACAUCUAGCUCCUACUCCAGCUUCAGCGUAACAUCGGAGGAGAAGGAGAAUGCCCAGGCCAGCACGCUGACUGCCUCCCAACAGGCAAUUUAUAUGAGCAGCCGUGAAGAGAUGUUCGAAAGAAAGCCAUCUUCAGGUUACGACCACCAGGGGAGUCCACGGUUUGCCAAGUCGAAAUCCAUUCAGCACAUGGAGCUGGCAGAUGACAAUGAGGACUCCCCAACCUUCACCAGGACUAUGUCGCCUUACUCAAGUGAGCCUUAUCAUUUCUCGGCCAUAACAACUCAGCAAGCUUUAUCAUCUCAGAAAAUGCGUAGCGAGUGCAGGAACACCCACCUGUCCGAAGAGGACUUGCCGGGACGGUGGAGGCAGCUGAGCGUUGAGGAUAUUGGGGCGUAUUCAUACAGAAACAGUGGCAGGCUUUCGCCCUGCAGUUUUUCUGAGCAGUAUUAUAGGAGCCCCAUAAAGAAAGCAGACAGCCGGUCAAGUCCCAUUUAUGCUAGUUACAAAGCGGAUAGCUUCUUGGAAGGAGACGAUCUUUGUCAAAGCAGACUUGUGGAUUCUUGCUUCCUGAGAACAGACAGUGGUUUGAAUAUUGACAUCAGUGGUAGUUGUAAACAGGACAAGAUGGCUUCUUCAUACAAAACAAAAGAAUUGAGAGACAAAAAGAAUGAGAGAAUCACAGUCCAGGUGUGCAGUAGCAAAAGUACUGAAGGCAGCCCGGUCUUGAAAAGAGAAUACGUUGAUGUUAGUCCGAACAGUUCAGCCGAAUCCCUCAACCAGAGUUCUAUGGAGGCGUCAGAGAUCCAUCAGUCUUCCAUUGAUCAAGGAAGCCAUUCAAGCCUUCAUAGCAAACAGCAGCAAUUCCAACGAACUGGAAGUACCGGCUUGAGUCGGAAGGAUAGUCUCACAAAAGCACAACUGUAUGGGACUCUCCUAAACUAAACAUCUUCCAAAGCUGCAAUAAGGAGACAGACCACAAUGAUGAUGACAGAGGUGACCACUGAUACUCCUAGUGUACGGUAGGCUGAGAAAAGCAGAAUUAUUAUACAAUAUAUAUUCAUAUUCACAAUGGUACUGUUUUAAAAGGGAGGGGAAAAUCCCCCAAUUAUGAUGAAAAAAAACAUUACUCAGCACUUUUCACACACUGACUUUUCCAUCUUGGAUACCAACCCUGAGCCCCACUUUUAUACCCUGAUAUAUUUUUAUAAACAAAAUGGUAUUUAUUAGACUGUCCUUAGUACUCUCAAGCGCUUUGAGUGACAUUUUUUGUCCCCUUCAAGUAGGUUUCUUAUUUAUUUUUUGUGCAUGAGGCCACCUGUGCCUAAUCUCUUGGAGGAAAAGGGUAAGAGAGAGAGAGAGAGAAACCCCUUAUCUCAAAAGACAAAUCAAACCCCCUAUAAGAUUCUUUUUUUAAAAGUGGAUGGUGUGCAGUGCAAGAUAUACAAGAAUGGUAAUGUUAUUUUAAAAGAAAUAAAUCUAUUUUUAAAUGAAAUGGAACUGAAAUGACCUGCUAAGUUAUUUAAUACAGAUGUAUUUAGGAGUGGGGGGGGGAUUAAAAAGUAUGCACAUACGGAUAUUUUGGUUUGUCUGUCCCGCUGUGUUUUUACUCUGCCCCUGUACACUACCUCAACAUUAAUUGAGGGUUUGUCACCUAUUUUUCUGUAGGCUUGCAUUUAUAUUGUCUCAGAUGCAUGGAGUGUCAUAAUUAGUACUGUAUUUUGCAUUACUUAAUAAAAGACACCAAUGAAAA